CUGCAGCCCGACGGCAGCAGCGUGUUGGUCUGCGCGGACGGGUCCACGGUGCGGUGGACCCGGCGGCUGGACGGCUCGUGGCGGCCCCCGGAGCGCAAGCGCGAGGGCUGGGUCGGCGAGCUCGAGGCAGACAGGUACGUGGUGCCGGGGCUGCGGGACACUGGCAGGCCCCUGGUCAGCCGAGUUGCAGUCGAGCGGCCGCGGCAGUGUCGGCAUGCAGCCCGCCAGCGCGCCUGA